AUGCGUUUUGCUUGCUUUCGGUUGCGUGAUGUUCGACGUGGAGGUGGUUUUAUGUCAAUGACUAGUCGUGGUGAUUAUUGUUUAUCAUCAUCGUCGUCAUCAAAUCUCGAUCUAAGAGGAUCAUGGUUCGAUGAAAAAUCACGUGAUCGUUUUCGUGAACCACUUGGUUCAAGCUCGUUUGAACAUGAUGAAAACGAUUGGGUAUUCGAAGAUGGACCUUCAGUCAAAAUAAUCUUCAUUUCACUGUUGUUGUUUGAUCCUGUGGUAUUUCCUCUAUAG